AUGGCGGCCGCUAUAAAACUGCCUGUUUGGGAGUCAGACCGCGCAGUGAGCAUCUAUCGGGGGCCGGUCCGACCAACAUUCACGGUUGACGGCGAUCUGUUCGGCGGCCUCAACGACGGGUUGCUGAGCCGAGCGGAGGCGCUGGCGGCGGUAGACAUCAGCAAGCACCAGUCCGGGCCGCAGCCGGGCCCGCCGCUGCCGCAGCUCAAGCACGACAUGGUGUACCACCACGGCGUCGGCGGGCCGUCCCCACAUAAUGCCAGACCACACCAGAUGGGCCAUCACGGCAUGGAGGGCCUGGACAUGCUGGACCCGCUGACCUCGUCGUCCAUGACCACGCUGGCGCCCAUGGGCGAGGCCGCGCCACCCCACCACCAGCUGCACGGCUACGGCGCCAUGAAUCACGUUAUGAACCACCACCACCACGCCGGCGGCCUGUCACACGCGCCCCCCGCGCACCUCGGCCACCCGGCCGCCGCGCUUCACCCUGACACCGACACAGACCCCCGUGAACUCGAAGCCUUUGCCGAAAGAUUCAAACAGCGACGAAUUAAACUAGGCGUCACCCAAGCUGACGUAGGUAAGGCCCUCGCAAACCUAAAACUUCCUGGAGUAGGCGCCCUCUCACAGAGCACCAUCUGCCGCUUCGAAAGUCUUACAUUAAGUCACAACAAUAUGAUAGCACUCAAGCCAAUCCUGCAGGCGUGGCUAGAGGAGGCAGAAGCGCAAGCGAAGAACAAAAGACGAGACCCCGACGCGCCGAGCGUGCUGCCGGCUGGGGAGAAGAAACGCAAAAGAACCUCCAUUGCCGCGCCCGAGAAGAGAAGUCUCGAAGCGUACUUCGCGGUGCAGCCGCGGCCCUCGGGGGAGAAGAUUACGGCAAUCGCGGAGAAGCUGGACCUGAAGAAGAACGUGGUGAGAGUUUGGUUCUGCAACCAGCGGCAGAAACAGAAGCGCAUGAAGUUCGCGGCGCAGCACUGA